AUGCAUCACAUUCCUGACUCCAACUUUCAUGAAUGGGUUCUGAUUUCUGCUCAGCCCCAGUGGGCAUUCUCCACUGGUCGCAAUCAGAUCAAUUUCACCCAGCACAAUAUCAACUUUCAAACAUUCAGAGCAGAAAUGGCUCUUAGAUUCUGGAUUAAAUUCCCCUUCUACCCAGCUUCAAUAAAGGUUUUUGUAACACUUUGUGUCACCAAAAUUGUUCUUUCAAUACCUCUGGGUUCAUCAAGGAUUUCAAAGAUUUCUGGUGACAAGCUUGGCACUGUAUAUCUUGGUGACUUAUACACUCUACCCAUCGUUAUGCCUACGAUGGCCAUGAGGCACAUCUAUGCCCUGAUCUUUGCGACGCACCAAGAUAUUCGCAUGACCCACAGUUGGCAAACAGUUGGUAAAGGGGUUGCGAAUGGCCGAACAAUACGAAGCGACAUCAGCAUUUAUAUCCAUUGGCAGCCCCAGUCACCCAUAUCGGCCGACUUGGUAAAUCCGCAUGACUCCCAACAAUCGACGCCAUCUCAAGACCUACCGCACAACAUCAAAUCAUCAUCUUCUUCUCUGAUCUUUGCGCCUUCUGUGUCUUCCAUCACACCACUCGGCACCUCUCCCUCCGAGUCCACCCUCGAUCCCUCUAACUCGAUCCCAUCAAAGGAAGCUUUCUUCCGCCAGCUUCAUUUUCGUAAGCUGAUGGUCAAUUUCACUCAGGGCCAUUAUCAUGCGCAUAUUUACGCGACAUCAGGUUUCGUGGACGGUGGUGGUACUGCUAGUGCUCUGCCAAGCACAGCACGCAGGAAGGAGCUGGCAUGCAUUAUUGAAAGGAAGGCAUGCCUUGACGUCAUUGUUGCUAAAGGUGGCGAGAGAUUUCCACAUUAUUUUUUCGAGGCUUUUGCCCUGUGGUUGACAUUCAAGGCUAGAAUCGACAGCGUUAUCCAGCAUCCACCCAAUGGUUACGAGCCCAAGAAGGACGGAAAGAUUCAUUGGGGUGUUGCUUGGAUAGGAACUUACCCAGUGAUCUUCGGAUGUUCAAAAAUCGAAUCUGCGUGGGUGUACGAGGUGUACGAGUGA